GCACAAACAGGACAGGAGGAUCUGGACACUCCAGCACCUGAAGCCCACCUGAGAGCCAGCCUCAUGAGACACAGGCUCACGGGGAAUAACAGGGCUGUAAAACACAUCAAGUGUUGCUGAGAGCCUUUAAAACACCAGACAGGUGUAUACUGCCCCGACACAUGCAGCCAUCAGAAAUAAAAGUCACUCAUCUAAUCCUCAGACAGCAUAGAUGCUGAUGCAAGUUCCCCCUGAGUGACGUAACAACCUUGUCAUCACCCAAGUUCCUUGUUAACCGAGAAAAUAAAGGGAAGCAGGACAGUUAGAUGUACGUCUGGAGAAGAGAAACACAAACAGUCUCACUUCAGUAAAGGUUACAAAAAGAAGAGGGCAAGAACCACAGAAAAGCAGUAAAGGACAAGUUACUUAUCAGGGGAGACAAAACAGAUAACAUCCAUAUCAAGAGGAUACACUGAUGGCAGAUCGACACAGCUACUGCUUUCUCAUCACAUUUUGUGUGACAGGUGUUCUUGCUGGUGAUUGGUCGGUUCACAUACCUUCCAGUCCCAUUUGUGCUGUGGUUGGUUCUUCGGUAGUGCUCCCUUGUUCCUAUGACUACCCCCAGAGCUCUAAUGAAACCAGGGGAGAGGGGCCGCUCCCAUCUCAGGUAGGAGCAGAAGAGGGACAAGAGUAUAACGUUGUGUCUGAAAUGUGGUGUCUUGAACACAGCAAGUGCAUCACAGAAAGAUAUGUGUUUCACAGCGCUGGCAUCUUCCCAGACCCGUCCUAUCAGUACAGGGUGACGUACCUGGGGCAACCCGGACACAAGAACUGCUCUCUGAAGAUUUCUGACCUGAAACAGUCAGACAGUGGCACCUAUGUGUUCUACCUCAUCAGCAGCCAUCCAGCUGAGAAGAUGCCGGCACAGAGAGGGAUACAGCUCCUGGUGGCAGAGUCAGCUAGCGCUGUGGCAGCUUGGGCGGGUCCAUCUGUCAUCACUGAGGGUGCAGAUCUACGCCUGGCCUGCUGCAGCCUAGCAGCGGGUCCACAGGCCCGUUUCAGAUGGUACAAGAGCACAAAUACCAGACUAAUGCACAGUGGACAGAUGUGGAAUGUCUCAGAUGUUAAAUCUGACACAUCCGGCAGCUAUUAUUGUCAGAUACAGACUGGAGAUAGAGAGCAGAAGUCAAAAAUGCUCAACAUUGAUGUACAGUACCCUCCUCGAAGCACCGCGGUCGUGGUGUGGCCCGCUGCAGAGGUUCAGACGGAGCUCCCUGUGUAUCUGAGCUGCAGCAGCGAUGCCAACCCACCCGUGCACACAUUCACAUGGUACCAGGGUGCAGCAUGUCUCCAGACAGCACACAAGAGCUUUCAUCAGGGACAACUAACCCCGGCUAACCCUACAGGACGAGGCUCAACGCUCAACAGUGCCAACAUGACCACUCAAGAACCUGGCCAGCACUGCUGUGUGGCACGCAACAAACACGGCUCACAGACUUACAGUGUAACUCUCAGAGACUCCAGAGCCAUCACCCCAUCUGACUCCUCCGGAAACAGAGUGGUGCUGAUUGGAGUAACAGUUGGAGUCCUGGUGGCUAUUGUUGCCAUAGCUGCUUUUCUGAUUAUGAGGAGACAGACGACAACCAGACGUCAGUCAUAUGUCCUCACGGAAACAGCUGCCACAGAACCGUAGUGCCCUCACAUAUUCUGUGCAUCCACUGCUUUUUCCACGCAGCAAAAACACAAGUGACCUUUUUGGGGGUUUUUUUACCUGGUACUUUAGCCGGCCUGCUAUUUUCCUUCAGUGUUUUGUUUUAAAGCGGACUGAUGGACUUAAAGCGUUUGCUUUCCAAGGGCCACGUCUCUGGGUGUCAGAAGAGCAGUCAUCUAGCCUGUCCAGCUUUGUCUCCAUCCAACCAAUUUGCUGCUCCCAGAUCAAGCCAAACCCUGGACAGCGCUGUGGAGCUGGGUGGCUGACUCCUAAAACCAGCUGAUAUUAACAGAGCUAUAAAGACAUGGCUGAAAUUAUGCUUUUUUGUUUGUAUAUUAUGUUUACUGUAUUUUUGUAGUAUUUUGCCAAAAUGUAACUCCUUGUUAUUCUUUAUUGUUUUAAUAAUAUAUG